AUGCCGGGAUCGCAGGAUGGCGACAAGGACAAGGACAAGGGGACGCCGCCGGCUUCACCAAAGAAGUCCCUGGCGCGGCUGUCGCUCAACGACGGCAAGGACGAUCGCGUCGUGGAGCGGGUGUACCACAGCGGAGGAGGCUCACAGCCCCCGAUGCUCACCAAGUCCAACUACCAGGAGUGGUCGUUGGUGAUGAAGGUCCAGAUGGAGGCGGAAGGGCACUGGGACGUCGUCAACGAUCUCAACGGCACGAACCGUGACGAUCGACGUGCGCUGGCGUACAUCCUCAAGGGAGUGCUGCCGGAGCUCACGCGCAUCUUGGCCGUCAAGGACACUGCCCACGAUGCGUGGGAGGCGCUGAAGACCAUGCGCGUCGGCAGCGAACGCGUGCGCGAGGUCAAGGCUGGAACGCUCCGCUCGGAGUACGACAGCCUCAGGUAUCGUAGUGGAGAAGGGAUAGAAUCCUAUAUUCUGCGUUUUAGCACGAUCAUGACAGAUCUUGAGGUGCUCGGCGAUCCGAUCGACGAGCGCAAGGCUGUCCUCAAGGUGCUGCGCACGGUGCCCAAGCCGUACAAGGAGAUGGCGCAAGCGAUCGAGUCCCUGCUCGAUCUGAAGAACAUGACCCUGGAGGAACUCACAGGGCGCCUCGUCGUCUGCGAGGAUCGCGAAGCCGACGAGGAGAAAACCGCCACCGGUGGGCGCCUACUCCUUACAGAGGAGGAGUGGGCGGCAAGGAGCAAGUCCGGCGACCGUGGCGCUGGGUCGUCCUCCGGGGGCGACCGCAAGGGAAAGGGGGACUACAAGCCCAAGCAGCACGCGGGUGACCGCGGGCAAGGCAAACAUGGUGGUGGCGACGGCGCUCCCAGGCGAAAGGGCGAGUGCCGAUACUGCGGUAUCCGUGGGCAUUGGGCCAAGGAGUGCCGCAAGCGGGAGCGAGAUCGGCGUGAGAAGGGCGGCGAGGCGCACAUCGCCCAGGCUGAGGAGGCUCACGUCGCGCAGGCAGCGCCAGAGAUGCUGCUCGCCACAAGUGUCGUCAACGCUCCAGACGUCGCGACAGAGCGCGCACUGGUCGCGCACGGCGAGCCCACACCAUGUCCAGAGCGCGCACUGGGCGCGCACGGCGCGGCUAGCGCUGGCAUGCAGUUCGUCUACCUCAACGAGGAACGCGUCAUCCCCAACCCCAGCGACGGCAAGCGCUGGUUCUUCGACUCUGGUGCAAGCAACCAUAUGACUGGGUGCCUGGAGAUGCUCACCGACGUCGACAACUCCGUGCACGGCGUGGUCAAGUUUGGUGAUGGCUCACUGGUGGAAAUCCAUGGGCGCGGCGCCGUUGUCUUCAUCGAUGGAAACGGCGAGCACCGAGCGCUUACCAGCGUUUACUUCAUCCCCAAGCUGCGCACAAACAUUGUGAGCCUGGGGCAGCUAGAUGAGGUGGGGUGCCAGUCGAUCAUCGGUCGUGGAGAGCUGCGCCUGUUCGACCAGCAAAACAAGCUGCUCGCACGGGUGCAGAGAGCCUCGAACAGGCUGUACCCAGUGGAGUUAAGCUUGCAGCGCCAGUCUGUCUGCUCACGGCGGUAG